AACACCAGCCUCUGUUCAACACUUCCGCAACGCGUACUUUCGAUUAUAAUUUUAGUUAUUGUUAGUUAUAUGCCAGGAAUAUUUAGAUUUUUUAAAUUGUUUACAGUUAAGAAACUAACGCCACUGGUUUGUGGUGGUUGUACGUGCGUUUUUAGAGUGCAGAAAUGAGUGAAUUUCCGAUAAGCCCUCUGAUUUUAAUUGGGGUAGGUUCCAGUUUUGCCUGUUCAGGCCUCUUUUAUAAUUUAUAUCAGGAUAAGAAAAGGGAGCUGAUGAAGCUGAAGCAGAUACCAGUAUUCCGACCAGAUCACCACUUGGCCAUGGUGCUACAUUCAUCUCCUCACAAGAGGCUGCAAUAUGUCGCAGUAGAAGGUUUGGUUGAGUCAGAUGAAAAGCCACUUGGCAGCCAAUUUGUCCCAAGAUGCUAUGGUGUGAUACAGAAGAUAAAGGUUGCGGAACAUGGGGAAUACUGGAAUCCCAGUUCUAAAACAUGGAGCUCCCGGCCUACCAACAGGAGAGAAACCAACAACUCUGUGCCCUUUUCUCUUAUCUCUCCUGGCUCCUACAUCUCUGACUUCCACGUGCAAGUGCAAGACUCCUCACAGGGCUCGGGGUAUUUUCUGGAGAGGGUUUACCACAGAGUAAGACGAGCAGAAGAGGGCUUGGUGAACGUAGUCUUGCAGGGCAUCAGUGGUGAGCGAGCGGUGGCAAUGGAGGAAAGCGAAGAGAUGCUACGGGUGGGGAGCAACCUGACAGUGUUUGGGGAGGUGGUUCUGGAAGAUGGUCACGGGAGGCUGAGGCCCCCAAAGGACGGCCGGAAGUACCUUUUCAUUCCCACUGACUACAAGAGCUACAUCGAGCGGCACGAGCAAUCAGCUAGUAUGUGGAAGAUGCUAACGACCGUUUCGGGCAUCAUUGGCGCCUCUUUACUCGCUGGUGUUAUUUGUGACACUCUGGGAAAACGAGAUAAUAGAUCUUAAUAGAUGGCUAGCUUAUUCUGGACUCAAGUUUGUUUCACAUUUGUAUUUCUUAAAGGAGAAGACCGCACCUAGUAUAAAUGUCCUUCACGUUAGCUGUUGCUAAAAGUAUUCACCAAUAAUACCAUAAUAACACCAUAAUACAGAAAAUGAACUCAUUAGCCCUGCCAUUGUGUGACAACUGUGACGUCAGUUACAGUAUAUACUAGAAAUAUUUUGAUUUCCAAAAAAAGAGGGCACUCGGCCCGGCCUCAAGAUUCGAUAUACUCGAAGUUCACUCAAAGAUGCCUCAUCAACUACUGUAUAAACACAUACAUACAUAAAUACACAUACUGUAUUUAAAGUGUUCCUCCUCCGUCUGGAAAGAAAAUUCCCUUUUAUUAUUAUUAUUAUUAUUUUUAAAAAGCUAUAUAUCGAAGGACACAAAUUGAAAUUCUCUGAGGUUAGUCAACACGCUUCAUUAUUCCUAAAAUAAUAGAGCAAUAAUGUAAAAAACUGGAAUGAAAUUAGGAUUUAAAAAAAAUGUCUUCGGUAUCAGCGAAUAAUCCUUGAACAAAUCGCCGUCUUUAUUACUGUACAAAUAACCAGAAAUAAUGUUUUAAAUAAUACUUUUGUUGAAAAUCCAGCUUUUACAAAAAGGUCUUUUCUCUUUCCAGUGAAAUAAUCUAACUGUAGCUUCACGACAAUACUUAAAAAAAAAAAUUUUUUUUUAAAAAUUUUUUUAAAAAGUCCUUUUUAGUCUUAAGGUAUUUUUGUAUUAUCACUUUUGGGGAUGAUGUAACACUGCUCCAACGUUUUGUGUUCUCUGUUACUGAGCCCAGCAGAGCUUUCUCCUCCUUCAAAUGAGGGCAAUUAACAGAAAACAACCCAUUCUGGCCGGCCCUUGAUUUCUAUGACUCGAUUAAAAAUGUGCAAGUUGCAUCUCUUUAUCAAUUAGUUACUGUAUCUUAGAUCUUCAUUUUAAGGAAAUUCACACUAGAGUGUGAGCUAUGCUUCUGAAUGAUUGGACAAUUCUACUAACAUGACAAAAAUAUAGCGUUGGACCAACGCUUGUUCUUUUCAGUGUCCCGAUACUUGAUGACUCCAUUAAUUUCACAUAGAUUCAUGGUUUUCAAUCAUGGCCAUCCCCUUGUGGAUUCAAUUCAGUUCAUAAAUCCUUCAAUGACCAUGUGAAUGUUUCUUUUGUAUCAUUUAGGACCUUAUUUGAGCCAACAUGCUGUACAUUUUAAUCAUUUAGAAAUGUUUGCAGUUACAGUGGGGAGAGCAAGUAUUUGAUACACUGCCGAUUUUGCUGGUUUUCCCACUUGCAAAGCAUCUAGAGGUCUGUAAUUUGUAUCAUAAGUUCUCUUCAACUGUGAGGGACAAAAUCUAAUACAAAAAAAAAACAGAAAAUCACGUAUGAUUUUUAAAUAAUAAAUUUGCAUUUAAUUGCAUGAAAUAAGUAUUUAAUACAUCACAAAAAUCUAACUUAAUAUUUGGUACAGAAACCUUUGUUUGCUAUUACAGAUACCAAACGUUUCCUGUAAUCCUUGACAAGGUUUGCACACACUGCAGCAGGGAUUUUGGCCCACUCCUCCAUGCAGUUCUUCUCCAGAGCCUUCAGGUUUCGGGGCUGCUGCCGGGCAGCACGGACUAUCAACACCCUCCAUAGAUUUUCUAUCGUGUUCAGAUCUGGUGAAUGGCUAGGCCACUCCAGGACCUUAAGAUGCUUCUUACAAAGCCACUCUUUAGUUGCCUUGGCUGUGUGCUUUGGGUCGUUGUCAUGCUGGAAGACCCAGCCACGACCCAUCUUCAGGGCUCUCACUGAAGGAAGGAGGUUGUCAGCCAAGAUCUGGCGAUACAUAGCCCCAUCCAUCCUCCCCUCAAUACGGUGCAGUCGUCCUGUACCCUUGGCAGAGAAGCAGCCCCAAAAGAUGUUUCCUCCUUCAUGUUUCACGGUUGGGAUGGUGUUCUUCGGGUUGUACUCAUCCUUCUUUUUCCUCCAAACACGACGAGCUGAGUUUAGACCAAAAAGUUCCAUUUUGGUCUCAUCCGACCACAUGACCUUCUCCCACUGCUCCUCUGGAUCAUACAGAUGGUCAGUGGCAAACUUCAGAUGUCCUGUAGCCCUUCCCAGCCUUGUGCAGUUCUAUUAUUUUAUCCCUGAUGUCCUUACACAGCUCUUUGGUCUUGGCCAUUGUGGAGAGGUUGGAGUUUGUUUGAGCAUGUGAACAGGUGUCUUUUAUACAGGUAACAAGUUCAAACAGGUGCAGUUACUUCUGGUAAUGAGUGGAGAACAGGAGGGGUUCUUAAAAAAGAACUGAGAGCCGAUAUAUUUACUAGUUGGUAAUGUAUCAAAUACUUAUUCAUGCAGUUAGAUACAAUUUUAUUAUUUAAAAAUUAUACAAUGUGAUUUUCUGGAUUUUUGUAUUAGAUUCCGUCCCUCACAGUUGAAGAGAACUUAUGAUACAAAUUACAGACCUCUAC